AUGCAUAGUCACGAACCAUCUGCAGCUAAAGUAGCAGCGGACAAAAUCGUUACAAAAAUUAAGAAAAGGGCUCUAGAAACACAAGAAUCAACGUGUCAAGUAAUAAAUGAGUGUACCCAAAAUACUGAUGUCGCUUGUCAGGGAGCUCUUCCAAAUCAACAAGCUUUAAAGAAAUUAAUCAGAAGGAAACGUAAUGAAAUACAUCAAGCUCCAUCAAAUCCUACAAAUCUGGCAGACCUCGAAAUUCCUGAGUGUUAUAAAACGUAUGAAUCAGAACCCGGAAAAACUGAAAACUUUCUGCUAGCUGACAGUGGACCGGGCGCAGACAGAAUCCUAAUAUUUGGUCGUCAACGAAAUUUGGAAAUAUCAUUAAGCUGCGAUGAUUUUUUUAUGGACGGGACAUUUAAAAUUGCGCCAAAUUUAUUCAAACAAAUUUAUGUUGUUUUAACAAAAAAAUUUGAAGGCGUUCACCCUUUAUUUUAUGCACUGUUGCCUAAUAAAUGUAGAGAAACAUACGACAAAUUAUUUGUUAUGAUUAAAGUAUUACUGCCAAACCUCGAUCCAAAGUCUAUAACUUGUGACUAUGAAAUGGCUGCUUUUAAAAGUGUUUCAGAAAWAUUUCCUUCUGCCGAAAUUCKAGGUUGUUUUUUUCAUUUGGUGAAAAAUAUGAAAAAAAAGUUAUGCGAAUUAGGCCUAACAAAUCGCUAUAACAAUGAGCCAAACUUUUCGUUGUACGCAAAAAUGGUUACAGCUUUGGCGUUUGUUCCAAUUGACGACAUAGAUAAUGCUUUGUUUUCAUUAUCUGAAAACUUACCCGAUGACGUGCAACCAAUUUUAGACUGGUUUGAAGACAACUACGUCGGAAGAAUGAAUAGAAGAGGUAAUGGACGAAGACAGCCUUUGUUUCCUCACGAAAUGUGGAAUGUCUACAAUAGAACUUUAAAUCAACAGGACAGAACUAAUAAUCAUGCUGAAGCAGCUCAUCGUCRCCUUCAGACAGAAUUAAGUAUGGAUCAUCCUACAAUCUGGAAGCUUAUAGACGGCUUACGAAAAGUGCAAGCAAAUCGCGACUUCUACUAUGAACACCUUGUGGCUGGACGCAAUCCRCCAGCCAAAUUAAAAAAGUACAGGGAUGCUGAUCAACGUAUAUUAAAGAUUGUUCGGGACUAUCAUAACAGAGACAUUGUUGAAUAUUUAAGAGGGAUAGCGCAUAAUUACCAAAUGAACUUAUAA